AUGAAAAGCUAUCAGUCCUUGAAGAAAGAGGGUGAUAUUGAUGAUGAUUGCAGUUCUAGUCAUAUGACUAUAGUUAAACCAAAGCUUUUCUAUCUCCUCUUCCUGUCCCUCAUUUCUUGUAGCUUUAUUCUAGCAGCACACCUCUUCACUUCUUCCCCAACUUUCUCCCUUCUCUAUUCUAUUAGGUUUGAAGAUGAUGAGAAGCUUGCUUCUGAAGCAGACGAAAAUGCUUCCAGUGGAAACACUGUCUUCAAUGGGACGAUUUCUUGCGACAGACAUUUUGAGCGAUCCGAUGUAUGCAAUAUGACGGGAGAUGUAAGGACAGAUCCUUCGUCGUCUUCGAUAAUCGUGUACGGGACGAAGUUUAACGGCAGCUGGUCCGGCGACGGCGGCGGCGUAAUCCAGAGCGAAAAGAUCAGGCCGUACACGAGAAAACCCAUGAGAACCAUCAUGGUCACCAUUGACGAACUGGAGCUGGUGGUGAAGGUCCGCAAUUCCGCCGUGAAUCACCGCUGCGACGUCCGGCACGACUCUCCAGGCUUAUUUUUCUCGACGGGAGGGUACACCGGGAACCUCUUCCACGAAUUCGCCGACGGCAUAGUCCCUCUGUACAUGACUUCACGGCGUUAUAACGGCAAGGUCGUGUUCGUAAUCCUCGAGUACCACCACUGGUGGUUCUCCUUCUACGACGAAAUCGUGGCCCACUUGUCGGACUAUGAAGUCAUCGAUUUCCGGCGAGAUACCCGAACCCAUUGCUUCCCCGGCGCCGUGGUGGGCCUGAGAGCCCACGACGACCUCCAAAUCGACCCGGCGUUAACCGACGACAACACCACCAUCCGAGAUUUCCGGGAUUUCCUGGACCGGGCUUACGCGCCACGCAUUAAGGAAAUAUUUGAAGAAGAACAACAUCCGGAUUAUCCGGCGGAAAAAUCGGAGAAACCGAAACUAGUAAUAAUGGCGAGGAACGAUUCAAGAAAGAUACUAAACCAAGACGAUCUGAUCAAGAUGGCCGAAGAAAUCGGGUUUGACGUCUCAGUUCUAAGGCCGAACCGGAAAACGGGGCUGGCGAGAAUGUACAAGAUUCUAAAUUCCAGCGACGCGUUGAUCGGCGUCCACGGCGCCGCCCUGACGCAUUUCCUCUUCCUCCGUCCAGGCGCCGCCUUCAUCCAAAUCGUCCCCAUCGGAAUAGACUGGGCGGCGGAGACCUACUUCGAGCAGCCGGCGAUUAAGAUGGGGAUGAAGUACAUGAGCUACUACAUCGUCGCGAAUGAGAGCACUUUGAUCGAUAAAUACGACGAAAACGACCCUGUUUUUACCGACACUCUCAGCGUGAACAGGAAAGGGUGGGAAUAUACCCAGCAGAUAUACCUUGAUCCUCAGAAUGUGAGGCUGAAUCUUGGGAGAUUCCGGCAGCCAUUGUUGCGUGCUUAUUACUAUGCACUUCGUAAGUUAAAUGGGUCGUCGAAUGUAGAUUCGUAA